UGUUUUGUCUCCCCAGCACUGUGGGAGGGAGGGGGGGGGUCUUAUCUCUCCACCAUAAUUCUGGCCCCUCGCUCAGCCCAGCUCUCCCGCCCUCCGCGACUGGCCCGUCCUGUCCCGUCCGCUCAGCCUCUGCCCUGGCCGCCCGCCCGUGUCCCUCCUUGGCGCUCAGUGGUUGGGGCCGGCUGGCCGCCGGGCGUUCUCACGAGGGGCUGAUGGCGCCGCUGCCCUCAGGCGGGGGCGGAUGGGGGGGCGCGGCGGCGGCGGGAAGCGGGUGGUGUGAGGGGGGGGCAUUCACGCCUGCCGAUUGGCCGCAUGCCUCGCGCCCCUGCCUCCUAUUGGCCUAGUUAGGGGAGGGGGCGUCUCACCCCGUCUUCGGAUUGGCUGUUGGUGGCCGUGGAGACUUUAUCAGGGGGGUGUGGGUGGAGGGGGUCCCCCAGUCUGCCCUGUGAGGCGCAGUGGUGUGGUGUGUUCUGGGCGUUCCACCCUCAUGAGGUUAUCUUGCCCCGGGGGGCCUACUGGGCAUCUGUGUGGUCCCAACAGGGCAAGGCUCCUGGCUGGGUGGCCCUGAGGCUUGGUGUUGAGGGAAGUUAGGUCCUUCCCCACUGUCCUGAGCGGGUUCUAUUCAUGAAAUCCUGGUGUGUGUAACAGCAGUUUCUGCAGGUGGAAGCUGUGGGGUUCACUGGUCUCCUGACAGUGGUCUUGGUGCCAAAGACCCUGUUUCUGUGGCCUUGGUAUGGUCAUAACAAGUGGAUGCUUAAUCUUGUGGCUCUUGCUCUGUGGGUGUUGUUGUUGAGUUGUCCCGUUUCCCCUCCUGUGCCCCAGUUCCAUUAAAAAUGGGGUUAUGUGACUUUGUUAAAAGGUUGAGUUGGAAUGGAAGAACGAGGUCCUGAUGCUAUGAGUUUCAAAAUUACUCAUCCUAAAGGAAUAAUUCACAUUUUUAGGGUUAUUUCCCUGUACAAGAGCUAUGUGUGGUCACCUUUUACCUCUCAGCUGUACAUUGCAGAGCCUCAAGAGGGCUCUUACAGAGUCCCUAAUUUGCAAUUUAAACUUGGUUUAGGCUACAGACGGUAGUCAUAGUCCUGACAGUAAAAUGAAGGGUCAGUAUUUGUGAUACACUUUUUGGUACCUCAGCAUCAACCUGUUUAGUGUAUCACUAUAUAGUUCUAAAUUGACGGUUCUUACAGGCCUUGAAAGAAUGAUCAAGUGCAAAGCUGGGUGUGUGAAAUGCCUAUCAAUGUUUCCCUGUGAGUUUCAAUAGAAAUAGAGACUAUACUGAACUUUUGCUUUCUUCUAUCAGAUUUUUAAUAAUUCAGGGUUUUUUUUCUUGUAGUUCAGUUAGAAUAUGAGAUGCUAAUGAAUCACCAGCUGAUUUUACAAGUGGAUUAUUUUCAUCUUUUGUGAACACAAUAAAAUAAUUGGCAGUCUUGAGCCUUCUAAUGCCUUCAUUUCUAGGAAAAGUAGUGCAGGAGUGUGUAUUGCUCUGGUCUGUCCUUAAAUGGAAAACUUCUCUCUGAAAUUGUGAUGCCUUUUGGCAUUUUGGUUCAUGGAUGCCUCUCUUGUGCGAAAAGAGACAGUUUCAUUAUCUUGUUUAUAGGAUAAGAUAUCGGGGUAGUUGGUAUUAUUGUUAUCUGAUAGAAUAAUUGAAAAUUUGAUUUUAGGGAGAAACGGGUCUGUAGUAUUAUCUGCCCUCCUCUGGCACCCUUAGUCCUAUUCUUUGCAGAAAAUCCUUGGAUGAGCUCUCCUGAGGUAAAUUGCUCUGCAGUGAGCAGCCGUUUCCAGUGUGUUCCUGGCCACCUGCAGCUGCUGGCAGCUGUGUACACUGAAUUCUAAUGGACUUCUAAGUGUACCUAAUUAAGUGGGUUGGUAUUUUAUGGUGAAUUUUGUUUGGACUUGAACAUGAGAUUGGGUUUAUUUGUCACUUUUAUCUCCUGCUAGUAAAACAUGCAGAUGUAUUGUAGCCCUGAAAUGGCUCUAUAUGUUAGUUCCCACUUGUUUAAAGGUGCAGAUAGUUCAUUGGUUCUCUGGGGUAGUGCAGAGCAGCAGCUAUUCUGAAGGAGCCAUCUCAGGUAUGUGCUUUUGUGUGCAGAAACAAGGUAGUUUUAUUUUUUUGAAUUUUACAACAGGUGAUUUAAAUUCAGAGGAGAGGUGCAGGGGGGGUGGGAGAAGGAGAGAGGAAGCAGCACCACCUGCUUGUAGGAAGGGGAAGAAUCCCCUUCAGCUGACAGUUCUUUUGGAAAGCGUUUACUGGAGGAGGAGAAGGGAUGUGAGACAAAAAAAUUGGCAGGAAGAAACUUGAGGGGAAUGGUUUGUUUUCUUUCAGUAACCCCUAAUACAGCCAUCUUGAAGGUUGUGUGGGCACAAGCCGCUGAUCCAGACAUUUAUUUUCCUUUUGUGUCAUCCUAUGCUUUAAAUGCAUGUAUUCCCUUCUGUCUUGCUUUAUCAGACUUCUCUCUCUGUGAUUUAUAAACCAAAUCCUUUAGGAAGGCACGGUCACUGCCUCGAGCAGCUGGAGCCCAAAAACUGCAGUGUGUGACUCAACAGCCAUGAUAUCACAGGGGCCUCAGAGGAUGAAACAUUACGAAGACAACAUGAGGAAUGUGGCCAUAGAUUCAGGAAGCUGAGGGUGGGAGGAAGAAAUCAGUUGCUGGAGUAGACAUGUACAUGUUGAGCAAAUGGGAAGAGAGGUGACUAAAGAAGCGAUUUGCAUAUGUAGAAAGUAAUGAAGUUGAGUUUUUGCUCACUGAGAGGACAGUGUGAGAAAUACUUUAUCAUACAAGAAUUAGGACUCAAGAGAGAUGUCCUUGGAGCAUCUCUUGAGUAGGUAUCUAAACACAGCCUUGGUAGUUCCCAGGAGGAUGUUAACCUGUGCUCAGGCUGGAUUCUCUCCUGUGUUCUGUGGUAGAAAUGGAUUUUCAGCUACUUACCUGAUAAGUUGUGAGAGAAUAGUUAUACCAGACUGUUGUGCUGUCACCUUCAGUGCCUGGGCACUGUCCUUUUAGGAAAGGGACUGUCACAUGUGAUGUCUAGCAGAGGACUGGCCUUGGUCUAAGAGAUCUUUUCCAGCUCAUUGUUGCUUUGAUGAUGGAUGUGCCAUGAGGAGAUAGAUUCAUUAUGUACAAUGGCAGCAAAGUGUUCGUGUUUGGCUGAGCUCUUCUAUUUAUUACAUGACAAAAUAAAUUGAAGCCAGUUUUCCCUUUGUGGAGAUUAAUAAUUCUUGCUGUCCCAGCCCUAGUAUGAUUUCCAUUUUUAACUCACCAGUAAAACAUAAAUAAUGUGGUUUUACAUUACCUGAUUGAUAACACUCACACAAAAUGCACCAGGGCCACAGUUCCUUGAAACAGUGUCUGCCUGUGAUGAAUGGGAAUGCAGAAGAGGUGACAACAGUCCUGACUCAGUCCUCAAUGAGGUUAGAAACCUUCUUGCUGCAGCGAAAGCACAUUCCUGCUAAAGGAUCUCAGGAAAUGCACUGACUCUGCCUUCUAGACAAACUAGAAUAAUUGAGUUUAAGUGUGGAUAAAGCUUUUUGCAGGCAAAUGUGAUGUUCUUUUUGAGCAUAAUAAAUCAUUUUCAUAUUAAAAGCUGGAGGAAGACUCAGAGUCGUAAAACCCCUUUUGUACCAUGGCUGGGGUGGCAUACAGUUGUCAGAGAGCUCAAUCGUGAGAGGAUUAAGCCGAUAGUCCCUGCUGUUAUUGCUGCAGGGAACCUCAGGCUAUGGCAAGACUCUUUUACACUGGGAAGUAAAUCACAUUAGCUGGUUUAUGCACCAUUAUUGUAAAGGGGAUUCUCGUUUGAGAUACUGAGUGGCUUUAUUCCUCUCUGAGCAAGGAGGCGGUCUUUUCCCCUUGCUCUGCUUUAAAAUUCCUCCUUUCUCAUCCCAGGUUAGGGGGAAAAAAGAGUGUUUGGCAGCCACUGGCUUGGAUUUUUCAGCAGAAUGCCCUUAGUGAGCCUCACAGAGGUUGCUGCAGCUGAAGUCCCCAGAGAUUUUUGUCUCUGUAUAUUCUUGUGUAGUCACAGCAUUGAAAGAAAUGGUCAUUCCUUAAUAGCAAGUUUGCCAAGAAAAUAUGGUUAUUGUUGAUUCUAAUUUUUUUUGGUGGUGGUUUUUCCUGACUUUGAGAGCUUACCUUUGAAGCCCUAGGUGAGUUCACUGGGUUUAACUUGUGUUUAAAACACUUAGAUACCAAACACGAGCCAACAGUGAUUUUACUGUUAGUGGUUUUCUCUUACAGCGCCGUUCACUCUUGCGUGCUUGUGGGGGGGAUCAUGGAUGCACCUGUGAGGGGAUACACGUGGAGCUAUGGUGGCCCAGGGUGUCUAAUGCUGAGGCAGCAAAGCUAGCAAGGACAUUGCUGUUGGAUAGGCAAUGAGGUGCUUUGCCCUCUGAGCAGUGCUUUCCCAUCCUCUGGAGCUGAAUGCAGUUCAUGGGGAAGCUGCUGACUUAAUAAUACAGCUUCAGAGAAAACACCAUCCCGGAGGAGCAGGAGGAAGGAGUUGGAGAGUGUUGCCAAGGUCAAAAGGAGGUUUUAAGUAAGAUUUAAAAAAAAAAAAAAAAAAAAUUAAGAACUGUCAGACAAUGACACAAAGAUGCUUUCGAGGCAUCAGGAGCAGCAGAGGAGAAGUUUUGUCAUUAAUGAAGUGUUCUGGAUUUUAUGUAAAAUGCAAAAACUAAAGAGAGAUGGCCGUAGGUCUGUGACAGCAGCAGAUCCCAGAACGUGUUGAGAAAAGGAAACUGAAUGUGAAUGGUGUUCUGAGAAAAACCUGUGUUGUCCUGAAGGGAUGUUUAAUUUAUUUGCACAGCUCAGAAUGAGCCAAUGUUCCACUAGAGGAGAUAUUUCAAAGUCACAGGAGCUGUGCUGGUUCUUCAAUUCUGUUGUGUCAUGAUUUGCACUAUAUAUGGUGACACUAGACUGUCACUGCCUCACCACUGCCCUACUGGAGUGGUACUGGACUGUACUGGUACUCUUUAGUAAUGCCAGUUACUGUUUCAGCUUGUGUCAUCACCCAGCACAGACAGGGUGAGGCAUGCCUGUUAUUUGUGGAGGAAAAUGCUGUGUCUGCAGUUACUGUAAAUGCUUUAACAUCUCCCACUGGCAUUGCUUCUUGCUCAUGUUUGUGAUGCUCAUUGGAUUGUGUGAAAGCAUUGGGGUGCUGGUGGAAUUUUGGGUGACUAUUGGGUGAUGUGUUAUAAUUGACUAAUCUUUCAACUUCCAGAAAAGUAAGAACUUACAAGAGUUUAUCCUAUCACAAUGCCUUUUAUAUUUAAUUAUUUUUUUUUUAUUUUAGGAUUUCUGCAAUUGAGUUUCAAUUUCUGUUACACAGAUCCUUAUGGUAGUCCCUUGGACACAGCAGAGCUUCCCAUUGAGCCAUGUUGCUGAAGAUCACCUUGUCUUCUGGAAGCAGAAACACAAUGAACAGAUGAAUCCCUUCAGCCGGAUAUUACUCCAGUAGGUCUCCUCCUCCUCAUGGAGCACACAGGCAGGGAGGAGAUGGACUUGAAAGAGGAAAGUCCUCAGGUGUGGACUGAAUCUGCAGGACAGGAACAGAAUACUGCUCAGGUGAUUAGCCAGAGCUUCGCCUCUGCUUGGACUGGAUUGGGAUUGGUGAGGAGGGUGCACUUUGUCCCCGAGGGGGGGGCAGUGGCCCAGAUCAUGUACAGUGAUGAGCAGGAGCGCGGCCCUGCACAGCAGGUGGUUUACACGGCUGACGGCACCUCCUACACCUCUGUGGACACCUCGGAGCACACCCUCGUUUACAUCCACCCCGUGGAAGCUACGCAGACUCUGUUUACAGAUCCGUCCCAAGUGGCUUACGUCCAACAGGAUGCUACCACCCAGCAGGUAACGGUGCUCUUGCCUGCUGCUGCUCAGAGCAUGAAUCCCACCAACCUGUCUGUGCUCGGCAGCGUUGCUGACCCCCCCCAGCCAGUGGCUCUGGAGCAGGGGCCACAAGCAGAUAGAGCAUCGUUACCGGUGCAUAACCAGGUGUUACCUCCUAUGGAGGCUGUGGAUGGUUCUGAUCCUUUGGCACCUCUGCAGAAUCAAAUGGAAAGGAUAGAAACAAAAGAGGAAGAUGAUGAGGAUGAAGAUGAGGAUGAAGAUGGUGAAGACACUGACAUGGACGAGUGGGAUCCAGAUCCACCUCGACCCUUUGAUCCCAAUGAUUUGUGGUGUGAAGAGUGUAAUAACGCACAUCCCUCAGUGUGUCCAAAACAUGGACCUUUGCAUCCCAUCCCAAACCGGCCUGUGCUGACCAGGGCAAGGGCCAGCCUUCCCCUGGUGCUCUAUAUAGACAGGUUUUUGGGAGGUGUGUUCUCCAAAAGGCGCAUCCCAAAGCGUACACAGUUUGGGCCUGUGGAAGGACCCCUGGUCAGACAGACUGAGCUCAAAGACUGCUAUAUCCAUUUGAAGGUUUCUCUUGAUAAGGGUGACAGAAAAGACCGAGACUUGCAAGAGGACUUGUGGUUUGAACUUUCCAGUGAGGCUCUGUGUAACUGGAUGAUGUUUGUGCGUCCAGCUCAAAAUCACCUGGAGCAGAACCUGGUGGCCUAUCAGUACGGCCACCACAUUUAUUACACCACCAUUAAAAAUGUGGAGCCCAAGCAGGAACUCAAGGUGUGGUAUGCUGCCUCCUACGCUGAGUUUGUGAACCAGAAGAUCCAUGACAUAACUGAGGAGGAAAGGAAGGUGCUCAGGGAGCAGGAAAAGAACUGGCCAUGUUACGAGUGCAAUCGGCGUUUCAUGAGCUCGGAGCAGCUCCAGCAGCACCUCAACUCCCACGACGAGAAGCUGGACUUCUUCAGCAGCAGAACCAGAGGUCGAGGUCGUGGGCGAGGAAAGAGAAGAUUUGGACCAGGCAGACGCCCUGGGCGCCCUCCCAAAUUCAUGCGCAUGGAAGUAACCAGUGAAAAUGGUGAAAAGUGUGAAGAAGGAACACAGGACUUGCUGCAUUUUUCCAGCAAGGGGCAGUUUGAUGAGGCCGGACAAGCCCCACUGAAUGGGCUGGAGCAGCAGGAACAGACUCCAGUGCCAACAGAGCCUCAAGCAGCACUGGAGCAGCAGGAAAACCAUGUGCUCCAUGUACAGCCACAGCACGAGGGCAACACGGUGCCCACACAGAGCACUGUGACAGCAGAUGACAUGAGGCGAGCAAAGCGCAUCAGGAAUGCAGCUCUGCAGCACCUGUUCAUCCGGAAAUCCUUCCGCCCGUUCAAAUGCUUGCAGUGUGGGAAGGCCUUCCGGGAGAAGGACAAGCUGGACCAGCACCUGCGGUUCCAUGGGCGGGAAGGGAACUGCCCUUUGACCUGUGACAUCUGCAACAAGGGCUUCAUCAACAGCGGUGCCCUCGAGGGCCACAUGAAGUUCCACAUGGACCAGAAAACAUACUCCUGCAUUUUCUGCCCUGAGUCCUUUGACCGCUUGGAUCUGCUUAAGGAUCACGUGGCCAUCCAUGUCAAUGAUGGCUAUUUCACCUGCCCCACCUGCAAGAAACGCUUCCCAGAUUUUAUCCAGGUCAAGAAACAUGUGCGCAGUUUCCAUUCUGAGAAGAUUUACCAGUGUACAGAGUGUGACAAGGCUUUUUGCCGCCCUGACAAGCUGCGACUCCACAUGCUGCGGCACUCGGACCGCAAAGACUUCCUGUGCUCCACCUGUGGCAAGCAGUUCAAGAGGAAGGACAAGCUGCGAGAGCACAUGCAGAGAAUGCACAACCCAGAGAGGGAGGCCAAGAAGGCUGAUCGGAUCAGCCGCUCCAAAACCUUCAAGCCCCGGAUCGCGUCCACUGACUAUGAGAGCUUCAUGUUCAAGUGCCGCCUCUGCAUGAUGGGCUUCCGCCGCAGGGGCAUGUUGGUGAAUCAUUUAUCAAAGAGACAUCCAGACAUGAAAAUAGAAGAGGUGCCAGAGCUCACGUUGCCCAUCAUAAAACCCAACAGAGAUUACUUCUGUCAAUACUGCGAUAAGGUGUACAAGAGUGCCAGCAAACGCAAAGCACACAUACUGAAAAACCAUCCUGGUGCUGAGCUACCUCCAAGCAUCCGGAAACUGCGUCCUGCAGGACCGGGAGAGCCAGAUCCUAUGCUAAGCACCCACACACAGCUGACAGGCACCAUCGCCACCCCUCCAGUGUGCUGCCCUCACUGUUCCAAGCAAUACAGCAGUAAGACAAAGAUGGUGCAGCACAUCCGCAAGAAGCACCCAGAGUUUGCUCAGCUCCCGAACACGAUCCAUGCGCCACUGGCAACGGCUGUCAUCAGUUCCACGCCAGCUGUUCUCACCACUGACAGCACAACUGGAGAAACUGUUGUGACAACAGAUUUACUGACCCAAGCAAUGACAGAGAUAUCCCAGACUCUCACUACAGAUUACCGGACUCCCCAGGGAGAUUACCAGCGCAUCCAGUACAUCCCUGUGUCUCAAUCCACAACUGGCUUGCAGCAGCCUCAGCACAUACAGCUGCAGGUUGUUCAAGUGGCCCAGGCUACCUCACCUCACCAGUCCCAGCACUCCACAGUGGAUGUUGGGCAGCUCCAUGACCCCCAGACAUACACCCAACAUGCCAUCCAGGUGCAGCACAUCCAGGUGACAGAGCCAUCACCAGCAACUCAGUCAUCAUCACAGGCUGGGGGUCAGCCUUUGAGUCCCUCCUCGCAACAACCUCAGCAGGAGCUCAGCCCCUCACAGAUGCAGACAACUACAUCGACACCAAACCAAGCCCUCCAGCAGCAGCAAGGCUCCUCAGUCCAGCACACAUAUCUCCCCAGCAACUGGAACUCAUUUCGGAGCUACUCAUCAGAGAUUCAGAUGAUGACCAUCCCCCAAGGGCAGUAUGUGAUCACUGAGACUGCCGUGGGUACCCCGGUCACCACUGUCAACACAGGGCAAGUAAAAGCAGUUACUCAGACUCACUACGUGAUAUCUGAAGGUCAGCCUGAUCUGGAUGGUAAACAAAACUCUUCACUCUCCAGUGAGGUUUCCCAGCCCACAGCCCACACAGAUCCCUUGGAAUCCCAGACAAGCAACCAGCAGCAAACCACCCAGUACAUCAUCACGACCACCACCAACGGGAGUGGCGGGAGUGAAGUGCACAUCUCCAAACCCAGGACUUUCUCAGCAGAGCAUGAGUGAAAGAGCCUCAUGGUGCCAUUUGCUUGUCCUUGACACCUCCCUGACAGCCCAGAUGUGGGGGUACCCUGGGGCUCUGUAUGUUUUAAUGUAUAUGCUCACUUACCUUCCACUAAAACCUUGGAGCUCUUGUUAAUGCUUUAAGAGGGUUUAAUUCACAGUGACCAUGAAAUACCCUCAAAAUCCUUCUGGGAUGCUUUUUAUGCAGCUUUUAAGAAAAAGGACAACAGAAGUGAAACCUCUGCUGGCCCCAGACUUUAUUUUUGGCAUGUCUGCUGACCCUUAUUUUUCCUUUUUGGAAGUGUGCCCAGCAAAGAAUAUUAUUUCAGCUGUAUGGGGAAAAAGCCUGCCUAACUGAAGGCUUCCUGGCAGAUUGUUAUAUGUAUAUUUUUAACAGGAGCCAUUAAACAGGAGAACAUCAUGUAAGUUGUUAGAAUAUGGCAGAACUGCUUCCUGUGGCUUCUAGCAGCCAAGGUGAAGGGGUGAUAUGAGCAGACUGCCUGCAGAAAGGAGCAGCAGCAGCCAAGCGGUGGUUCGUGGUGUCCCUUUAUGGGGAUGGAUUGAACAAUGAAGCUGUGAAGAUGUGCCGAAGCAGUCCAUUAAAUUAUUAUUUUUCCAGCCCUCCAGAACAGUUUACAUGCUGCCUGCCCUGCCCUGUUUUACCCAGCAGUUUCAGAAAGCAGGAAAAGCACAGUCUUAAACCCAUGUUGUUUGGAAUAAACUGAUUGAAGUCCUAGGAGCACCUAAGCGUAGCACAGAGCCACUGUUGCUUCCUUUUCCCUCCAGUGUUUGCAGGGAAAAUUGCUUUUUUGCCUGUAAACAAAAAAAAAAACAACAGCUCAACUAAACCUGCAGAGCAACUUCUGCUGUGAUCUAAGAUAGUUGUGCCAGGAGAAAACGAGGAUACAGAGCACUCCUCUGAAGGGACAGGGUCUUUAUCUCUGUGGUCACCUCUGAGCAAACAUAUUUCUCCUCUUCAAGACUGGAUGGAGAGUUGGUUUCUUUGAUUUUUUUUUUUUUCCAAAUAACCUUGUUAACAAUGUACUGUAAUUCCUUUGGACAGUUCCAGGAAACAACCAGCCCUGGACUCAGGAAACAUAAAAGAAACAUGCUAGUGGAACACUAUUUAUGGGACAUGGAAAGCCCAUCCAUGAGGGUUGCCAGAUGUGAUGGAGCUGGUCUAUGUACAGAAUUCAUGUUGCAUUUAGGGACCAGGAGAAAGGGAAAGAGAAAGUUUAUAUUUUAAGGCCAUGUAAUAUGUUUUAGCUUACAUAGUUCUCCUUCACAGGUGUCUUACAGGUGUCUUGGUUGUUUAAGGCAUUCUGGUGGUUGCAAAAACAUGACUAGAACUCCAUUGACUCCUGAUGGGAUAUACUGUGUAUGUCUGAAUUUCCAUUCAUUGCUGGAAAACUCAUCCCGGAACAUCUGUGCAUAUCAGGAUACAUUUAUUUAUAAAACAAACACAGAGAAGGGUGCUGUGUCUUAGAGGUCCUUGAGACAGAAGAACUUGAGAAGUUUUUUUUGAUUUGUUUUCUCUUGUACUGCACUGAGUGUGAAUGUGGGACUCUUCCAUAGCUAUUCCCAUGGAUUCGGGUGUGGAUUUCCCAUGUCAGUAAGCACUACAUGUUGUGGUAUCAGGUUUUAUGGAGUUAAGGGUCUUUGACAUGAGGGAACUCCACACUUAAGCUGCACAAGAGUAAAUCUGGUUCCUUGUGGGCAAAGCCUUGUAGCAGGUAUGGCUUUGGUAAUUAAGGUAUCUGUUAAUGUGGCAUGGAAAUAUUAUUGAGAUAAAUCAGUUGGCCAAUGCUGGCCAGCUGAGAAGUGUUCUGAGGUAACGCUGAAGUGACUUGCCAAAAUGUGGAUUACUUUUGUUCCUGGGAUUUCUCUUCUCUUGCUGUACCACCAUACUGGGGCACUAAUGAGCCGGGUAGAAUUAACGUGGACCAGAGCUCUCAUUUGGUCAAGUGCAGUGAUGACUGACCUUAAAUUCUGUGGAUUUGGCAGCCCAGCCACUGUGGCAGUGUGGAUAAACAACCACAAUGCCCAGUAACUUGAAUUCAUGUUGCUGAGGAUUUUGGAAUUACAAUGUUGGGCCUUGCAAUGUUGUUUGCGUGGGAAGAGAGUAGGGAGAAGUUUGUCUUGGCUUUUUUCAGGCUGCUGCUAAUUUAAUAACAAGCCAGAAAUGCUACAAGUAGUAGGAAAAUAGCAAACUUGGAAAUGGGAGACUGGGAAUGCUGGGAUACUGGAGGAUUGCAGGAGCAAUUUUGAGAGUCUUAAACGUUUGACGAUAGAUGAACAUCAAAUAUGUUCCCAUUAUUGAUGCUGCAGAUGUGGGGUUUAAAAACUACUUUGCUCUAUUCACCUUUGUUGGAACGGUCCAUAAAUGAGGACAGUUGUAUCAGUUAUUUAAAACUGAAAACUAUUUAAAACGGAAAACCAUUUUAAAGCAGCCUUUUUGAACUCAGAUCUUCCUCAUCAAAGUUUUUCUGCCCUGCAGCAGCACCCUCGGGCUAUUGGCCUGAUUCCAGGUGAAGUAAUUCCUAGUGUCACAAGUUGAAUGAAUUGCCUGUGAAAGAAGCAUGCCUGGAAAUGGAAGUACCACAGAUUUUCCUCCCAAAAUAAGGAACUACAGUGAUUGCACAGAUGGCAAAGGUUGCACGGAUUUUUUUCUCCAUUUCUGCAGCGCAGAAGGUAUAGGAUGUAUUAUUAUUGUUUGUAAACCAGAGCAACCUAAAGAUCUCUCCAAGUUGUAUCCCACAGAAGUGUAAAUCCAGAGUCCUCUUAGUUGCCUGGAAGGUCUGUGUUUUGUUUGGAGAUGCUGUCCCUUGGAGGCGUUCUGGGUCAGAUUCUGUAUUUUCCUGGAGGAAAAAGAAAACAAACCCAGCCUGCGCACCCUGAUCUUGCACGUCUUGGACUGCUCAGGCCCCAUCUAUUAUUUAACUGUGUAUGUUUAUUGUACAUUUGAUGACUGUUGUGUUCAGAGUUUUGUGCAACCUGGCAGGUGUAAAAAAAAAAAAAAAAAACCAAACCAACCUGAAAAUAAUAAAUCUGUUUCUCUUUUUUUUUUUUUUAA